UAGAUGAUGUACUCUCGCCGUUCAUUGCCAGUGACAAAGAGAAAGCCAUGGUCUGCAGCAGAGCGAUAGGCUUUAUCAAUUUUGAAUUAACGGUUCGCUUUGACGGCGAGCAGGCAAGUUGGCGCAUCAGUUGAAUAUUGGCGGGGAAUAUGCAGCGUUGAGUGGAGAUAUAGUGAAGCUGGGUUGUGGUUGUUAACGCUCAGUUGCCUGUACAUGUGGAUGUAAUAACAACAGCUCGUGCUGUACAGAAACUGUACGGAAGACAAACGCACGGAUUUGACUGAUUGUUGAUUGAGUUUGACUCUGACAAUAAGCUUGUUUAAACUUUGUAACAUCACGAGAUAUAUUAUCAGGAAGUCACUGAUAUAUUCUGGAGUGAGUUGAACUGAGACCGCUGUCAUUUUAACAAGGAACCCGUUCUCUUUCAUCCCGGAUUAGGAUUAAAGUGGAUAAGGAUUAACACUUGAAGUAUGACGAAGCAGGGAAACUCCGGACAGGUGCAGGUUAUAGAUGGGAAGAAGAAGUCUUUGUGUAGAAAGACCGCGUGCUACAAGUUCACCCUGUUCAUCGUGGCGGUGACACUGGCGUCGCUCAUCGUGUCAUGCGUCGUCGUGGUUGUCUUGCGUGGUCAUUUGAUUGAACCAGAGAAGGUGAAGGUCACAGUAGGAAACCUCGAGCUGGAAGUAAACAGAAAUGUUUACGACAAGCUGAAUGAUUACUAUCGCAUGCUCGACGUAGACGGAAACGGAACGUACUCGAUACAGGCGGCCAAAGCGCACUUCAAGUUUAUGGACAAAGACAGGGAUGGAGAAGUAACGUCAAAGGAGGCAAGGGAAGCUACUGGUAGGCAGUACAAGUUUAUCUUCGAGGCAGAAGAUUUUGAUUCAGAUGGCGUCAUCACAUCAAACGACGUCACUGGCGUACACAAAAGAGUGGACAUCGACGAUGAUGAAUUGGUAUCAAAAGAUGAAUUUAUCUUUUACCAUGAAAUGGCUCGUCGGGCGGCGCACGACCGAGGGGCUCUUUAACAGCUCAUGCAAUUACUGCCACUGCCGUUUACACCUUAUGAUGUCUAUGAGUGUCCAUUUCAUCUUUGAGAACAUCGACACAUCUCUGAAGCAUUAAUGGAUGAAACUCGAUUUGUUUCUACUUUGGGAGUUUCCAUAGUAUGUUAUUAAAUACAAUACACCUUCAUGUUCAUGCAACAUUAAUUCGGUCUACGAGAAAAGACAAACAAAAGUUCUGCUUGUACAAUUUUACUCCCUUAUUUACAUCAUAUUAUAUAUCUAGUCAUUAUUAUUCAGCCCCUGGGAAUCAACUUAUUUACAUCAGAGAUUAUUUUUUCAUUUACCGACCCUGGUAAACCUUUUUGUAGCUGUAACGAAAUGUUCAAAAGCAGAUCAUGAGAUAAAUACUAGUAACCACACAACAUAUUUUUGUUUACCAUUUCUCAAAAACAUUAAUGAUUAAUAUAGGAUUAAACGUGGCAUCCUUCUUCACUUGGAUUAAGCCCUGUAUUGAAUAUGUCUUAGCUAAAAUGAGUUGAAGUGAAGGUCAGUGUUCAUUUUCUUGUUGUAAAAUACGGUUAUGAAAUGUUAGUUUAUCGGGGCACCUCAACAGGGACGAUUGAGUUUAGUUGCAUAUAUAUAAAUAAGCAAAAUGACAUUCUCAUGCUGCUUAUUAAAGGUCAAGGUCGCCGUUGAAGUUGUUAUGAAACAUGGUUGUGACAUUCAUUGACAGCUACUGUAGCACUUUCACUUGUGCAUUCCUGAGACUUGAUAAUUGUUGGAACUUCAGAUGAUGCCUUAAUCAAGGAUUGGAGAACAAGUAUGGCCUGAAAAUACCAGGUGUUUUUUCAAUACUUUAGAAGCUUUGAGAAAAUGGUUACAAGUUCCUUCUGUUUUCCAUUCCUUCAAACACCCCCAGUCACAUAUAAUUUCUUUCAAUAUGGUUUCUUCAUAUUUUAGUAAUUUUGUAUGAUCUAAUCACGUUUCCAGGGCUUUUUAUUAUAUUUACCAGCAAGAGUUUGUCAAGUGGUUAUCUUUUCUUUGAGAGGCAUUUAAACGGAUGACAGUAUAUGGAUGAACAUUUUUGUUGCAGUGAGAGCGACGUUUCGAUGUAGGUUCUAAAUUUUAACACAUUUAUCAAGCAAGUGAUUGGAGCACUUCCCUAAGUGGUUAUCUCAUUGGCAUCAGUUUCUUCCAUAGAUGGUCAAGCUCGUAUAUAGCUAAAGACGGUCUUCUAAUAUUAGUCCGUUCAGUCAUAAAGUCUUCAUCUACAAUUCCCUUCUAUUAGGAGAGUUUUAAGCAAUUUUCGUAAAUGAUCUUUGUCAAGGUUUUCAUUUUUUCUUAUUCAAAAAUAUAAAAUGGACACAUUGAGUAAACUAACCAAUGUUAUUUGUAUAUAAAGACAAUGUAAAUGAGGAAUGAACAUUUAAAUGGGAUGUCUAUCACAUCAAGCUAGACCACAUUACACCGUGAGAGCAACAGUUACACGUUCCCUACUUGGGUUAAUUUCAAUUACCCGGUGGGCAAAUGUGCCUUAGUGCUGUGGGGUUCUUUGUAUUUCCAAUGAAAGAAGUUAAAAUUUAAAAUAAACUUGAAGCAGCGAGUAUUUCUGCGGACACAGGCAUGAAUCAGUUCCGCACCUUUGGACUAAAUCUUAAAGAAAGUUGGUUCAUGCGUUGUACAGUGUUGAAAAAAUAAUGUUAUGUUAAACUUUUUAAGGGCUUUUUCGUGUGAUCUUAAUAUUGGACUCCUCGGUAGAACGUGUAUCUCUCAUGUACAUUCCAUCAACAUUUAUCAAUAUUUAUCAACAUCAGAAUUCAUACAUCAUCAUGUGUAGAUCAACGCCUGGAAACAAACUCAUGCCCAUCGUAUAUGCAUAUACUUGUAAAUAUGAAUGUAUUUAUGUAUUUUAUUAAUGGUUAUUAGGUCAUGCAGUAUAUCCUUUACAGUAGUAGGAAUAAUAGUGCUGUUCUCGGUCGAUUUUGUAUUUGGUAGUACUUGAAUCUGUACUUUACUGAGAACGUCUAAUCUCAAAUAUAACGUGUUACAUUUGACCACUUUCUAAAUGGCAUUGUGUAUUCAUAGCCUUCGGCUGCUUGAGGACCCUGUCGGAGUCGUUCCAAUUCACAUUUGUCAGGGGAGUACACAAAGUCUAGACUAGACUAACAGCGAUGGCUGAGUCGGUUAGAUCGCUGACUUUGUGUGCUGGCGAUUAGGCGACUCAGAGAAGGUGGGUUCGAAUCCCGGAUGGAAUUUCCCCCAACAAAAGCACUAUAAUCGGUGCUUUACUUUGAAAGCGCAAUCCUAAAUGAAACAUAUGUAACUUGCAUUUGACCACAUUUUGAAUGGCAUUCUUUAUUCACUUUUACAGUUGGCAAUAGAAUUUGCCAUUUCGUUGUAUCGUUCAGUUGUCGUUUUCUCUGUCCUUAAUGUAUGUUCAACCACUUGACACAUGGUAAUAAUAAACUUUGAACGUUGUAUCAUAAA